AUGGGGUAUGGCGGUGAUCAGGACACUGGUAUGGGGUAUGGCGGUGAUCAGGAUGCUGGUAUGGGGUAUGGCGGUGACCAGGGUGCUAGUAUGGGGUAUGGCGGUGAUCAGGAUGCUUGUAUGGGGUAUGGCGGUGAUCAGGAUGCUGAUAUGGGGUAUGGCGGUGAUCAGGACACUGAUAUGGGAUAUGGCGGUGACCAGGGUGCUGGUAUGGUGUAUGGAGGUGAUAAGAGUGCUAGUAUGGCAUAAGGCAGUGAUCAGGGUGUUGGUUUGGGGUAUGCCAGUGAUCAGGACAUUGGUAUGG